UCUGCUUUACGAUUCGUUUUGGUAUAGCCAAAGACCAAGAUGGCGCUGCGCGGACUGAGGUGCUGUAUCCCAUUUGUACUUCGUCAGCAUAAUUCUCCAAGACUAGCAGUAUUAUUUGCAGCAGUGAAAUUGAAUUGUUUUACAUGCAGAAUUGAAGCCAGGCGCUACCUUUUGUCCGAGGAUGUUGUGAGACUGGAAGAUUUUCAGAAAAAGAAACUUGCUGUGGCCCAACAAGUGUCUGGAUCGAAAGGACAUAUCUUUAAUGCAUUAAAUCAGAAAAUACGAACUAAUCAAUUGAUCUUGAAGGAUGAACUGAAGCUGCUUCUCCUUCUCUGCCAAUCACCUGAGGAUAUGGUUAUGGCUAGAAAUGCUAUCUACAGGUACCAUGAAGAAAAUUGUAAUAUGGCAUUUGGGGAGUUCAGGUUUGGACCUGUGUUUAUGAGGCUGUGUUAUGAGCUGGGUCUGGCAGAUUUAGCACUCACUACACUGACUGAUCAGAGGCUAAAAGGAUUCUUUCCAGACUGUACAUCCUUUAACCUGGCCAUAGACCUGCUGUUCAGUAAAGGACACUUGGAAGGUGCAUUGAAGCUGAUCUGGGAGAUGAAAGCCCAAGGUGUUGCUUUCAACAAGGACACCUUUACACUGGCAUUUGCUACCUGCUACAAGCUAAACACCCCUAAGUCAUACCAGAUCUGCUUGGCCUUGCUGGAGGAAGGUCAGACCAAAGUCAGCUUCAUUCCUAGACAUGCUUAUUGCAUUGCAGUUGCAUUUGCCCUCAAGCAGGAUGAUGUUGAGCGAGCGCAGGCUAUCUACUCUCAGAUCAUGAAUACAGACAGCAGACUAUGCCAAAACCUGAGAGUACUUCUGUUGGCCAUGGCAGGAUCAAUGAAAGAUGCAGUUUCUGUCCUCACAACAGCCCUGUUGUCCGAUAGUUUAGUGUUUGUAAAGAAGCCAGACUUCUGCCAGGAAGUGAUUGAUGUCUUGAGAGAGAGAAGUGAAGAUGGGCCAUUGAGAGUGCAAGUUGAGCAUCUGGUUAAGCAGCUGCAGCAGGCAGGUCAGGUGAACCCACAAAGGCUGGACCACUUGCUGUACCACACUCCUACAGGGAAAAGGAAGCUUUUGUCUUUUCUGAAGGAGGGGAACAGGAGGACCAGCAGCCGAAGGACUCUGAGACCACUUCUGUCAGAGUGAACACACACACAUUGUGGUCAUGGCCACUGCAGAAGUUAAAUAAAAAUAGUGCACAAUACUAAUGUAUCUGUGCCUUGUAUUAAAAUCAUAAUAUUUUUUUAGAAGUUUGGGAAAAAUAUUCACAUGUUGGCUAUCCAGAGUGUCCAGAAAACAUUUUGAGUUCUUGGCAUUUCUGCAGCAUAAUAUUGUGGGACUUGUGAGUAGAAAAUUAAAUUCAAUCUCAAACUGA